AAGAGCCGUUCUGGGAUAAACCCUGAUUGAACAUGGAAAAACGAAAGAAACUCUCCGUCCCGGACGUGCGCUGCACGGCGUACGUUUCCAAUCUUCCCUUCAACUUGACCAACAUCGAUGUCAACAAGUUAUUCGCUACCCACGGCAAAAUUAUCAAAGUGACGAUACUGCGCGAUAAGAUCAGCAGAAAAAGUAAAGGGGUGGCGUUCAUUCUGUACUCGACACCCCAAGAAGCGCUGAACUGUUGUAACGCCUGCAAUAACAAGGAAAUGUUCGGUCGCACGUUGAAGGCCAGCAUAGCUAAGGACAACGGGAAAGGGGCUGAAAAUGCAGUACGGAAGAAUUAUUCGAACAAAAGUCGUUGUUUCGAGUGUGGCAGCGAUGGCCAUAUGAGCUACAGUUGCCCCAAUAAUGUGCUGGGCAGCAAAACACCACCUCGCAAAGCCAUCAAAAGCGGAAAACGAAAGCAGGUCACCGUUGGCGAGCCCAACGCAGGAUCGGGUAGCGAUUCCGAUCGUGAAUCGACCUCAACUGCUCAUCCUCCAACUGCCGUAAAAAGGUUAAAGUAUAAGAAAAGCAGCUAUUUCAGUGACGACGAAGAAUUGGAAGAUGAAAAUAGCUAGACACGCUAGGAUCAAUAGAACGUUAGAUGUUAAGAUGAGGUUGCCCAAAGAUUUCGACGAGUGAAUGUGUUUUAAAUCCGUCUACUGUGUCGUGGCUGGUGCAAGUAUCCCAGAGGAGCAGGCGUUGGAUGGACCAGAGACGCUUGUACAGUCGAAUAAAUCAAUUAAUAAGCAUGUAGAUACGUUAGAUUAUAAGCAAAGAUUAAUAAAUACACUACUA